AUGAAAGAGGGGCAAAUAAACACGACGAAGGGAAAAGCUAUUUGCUGGCAUUGUUCAAGAUUACACCGCCAAUGUCUAUAUAUACAUUUAACCCCAAUGUAUAAAAAGCGCGGGCGACACAGAUUGCCGAAGAGAAUCUUGGUACCUUCUCUUAUCCCGUUUCCAUAG